GUUGGUUGUUCAGAGGGGUUUUAUUGCUGAAACACUGCAUUCCUUUAAACCCAGAGUGAAAGACGCACAUUUCUGAAACAAUACUUUGGUCACACGCAUCAAGACAAACAUGGAUCAAAUACAAGGGAAAGUCACUUUAAAUAUUGAGGAAGACUUUUUCAGCGACUACGACAAUACGACAGAAGGACCCUCUGAUGGAGUACAGUACACCUGCAACUAUGAAAGUAACCCACUGCAUCUGUUUCACACUGUGUUUCAACCACUUGUAUAUGGUGUGGUUUUUUUCCUCGGCCUAACAGGAAAUGGCCUUCUUUUGACCGUUCUGCUAAAACGGCGGAGGAACCUCCGUAUCACAGAGAUCUACCUGCUGCAUCUGGCACUGGCUGACCUGCUCCUCCUCUUUACGUUACCGUUUGCAAUUACUGAAGGGAUAGCCGGGUGGCUUUUCGGAAACUUCCUGUGCAAGCUAGUAAGCCUCAUUAAUCGCCUAAAUCUAGUGUGCGGGAGUCUGCUUUUGGCAUGCAUCGGCUUCGAUCGCUACCUUGCCAUUGUGCACGCCAUCCCCAGUCUCCAGACCCGUCGGCCUAGGACCGUUCACCUUACCUGUGCAUUGCUCUGGCUCCUUUGCCUAUUUGUGACCAUUCCCCAUAUGGUGUUUCUGUCUGUGGAGGAAAACGAGAACAACCAUACCAGGCUUUCAUGUACUUAUGACAGCAAUUUUGGCAUCUCUGCAAACAACUGGAAGUUGACCAGCCACCUCAUCACACACCUCCUGUGCUUCUUCCUGCCUGUGGUGAUCAUGGUGUACUGCUACACUUGUGUUAUCAUCACUCUUUGCCAAAGCCAGAGAAGUCUGGAGAAACAGGGAGCAAUUCGGCUGGCCCUACUGGUUACACUGGUUUUCUGCCUGUGCUGGCUACCAUAUAACAUCACCAUUUUUAUAGAUACCCUGGUGGCGGUGAGUGCUGUGCCUGAGCCGAACUGCCAUGCUCGCAUCACACUGGAUCAGGCGACGACGGUGACAGAGAGCAUUGGCUUUUUCCACUGUUGUCUGAAUCCAAUCCUGUAUGCUUUCAUCGGGGUUCGUUUCCGAAGAGACCUCCUGCAGUUGCUAGCAAAGAUGAAGUGCCUGCGUGUAUGCCUGCCAGGUCUGCGCAUUAAAAAUGUGAACAGGGUAUCUGUCUCAGAGGCUGUUACUACCACAACAAGCAGCCAAUAUAUCUAAUGGCACCUGAACAUUUUUGUACAGUUUGUUUAUCUUAAAAUCGCCAACUAUCUGUGAUUUACAGCUUUACCUGCACACUGAGCCAAUCACUGCACAUGACUUAAAUCACAUACUGUGAGCGCAUGAAAUCCUAUAAAACUGGACAAUCUGUCAGUCAAAGGUUGAAGUUCAUUAAUAAGCACUGUACCUGAAAUGCUGUAGUGCUUUGCAUUGUUUUGAAUGGAUUAUGUUAAAUACCAGAUUAAAAAAGGUUCUGUAAACAAAUAA